AUUAGUUCCCCAUGGAUUAUGCAACGGGGAACCAGAUUAUCAAAACAAAUCUCACAUGACUUUCGUCCGUCUGAAGUCUGAACUAUGAAACUGAAAGUUGUUGGCUUCCUGCUAUUUCUGCAUAUUUAUUUGGUAAACACGGUUAAAUAUGAACCGAACUGGAGUUCCUUAGACACCAGACCUCUACCAAGCUGGUACGAUGAGUCGAAGAUCGGAAUUUUUCUUCACUGGGGAGUGUUUUCUGUUCCAGCCGUAAAGUCGGCAUGGUUUUGGUAUCAAUGGAAAACGGCAAAAGAUCCCGACAUAUUGAAAUAUAUGAAGGAUAACUACGCAGAGGAUUUCACGUAUGCAGACUUUGCCCCGGAAUUCCAUGCUAGGUUUUAUAAUCCUAACGACUGGGCUGAUCUCUUCAAGGCGUCAGGCGCAAAGUAUGUGGUGUUGGUGACAAAGCAUCAUGAAGGCUUCACCAUGUGGCCCUCCCCCGUCUCUUUUAAUUGGAAUGCUUAUGACGUGGGCCCAAAAAGAGACCUUGUUGGUGCCCUGAUGGACUCUAUCAGAAACAGGACAGACCUUCACUUUGGGGUGUACCAUUCUUUGUUUGAGUUUUACAACCCUCUGUACCUCCAGGAUGUGGCCAACAAAUACACAACACAGAACUUUGUUAGGAACAAAGCAUUGCCGGAGCUGUAUGAACUGGUGAACCGCUACAAACCUGAAGUCGUGUGGUCUGAUGGAGACUGGAAUGAAAACAGCUCGUACUGGAACUCCACAGAAUUCCUGGCCUGGUUGUUCAAUGACAGUCCAGUGAGAGACACUGUGGUGACCAAUGAUCGCUGGGGAAAAGACGCUAACUGUAAACAUGGAAGCUUCUGGAAUUGUCAGGAUAAGUUUAAACCAGGGAAAAUCAUUAAGCACAAGUGGGAAAACUGCAUGACUAUUGACAAGAAGGCUUGGACUCAUCGACGUCAAAUUCAGAUAGAAGAUGUACUGACGAUUGAGGAACUGCUGACGGAAAUAGCGGAGACUGUCAGUUAUGGGGGAAACAUCCUGAUCAAUGUUGGACCCACAGCUGAUGGAGUUAUCAUUCCUGUUUUCGAGGAGCGACUCCGACAGAUGGGACAGUGGCUCAAGGUCAACGGGGAAGCCAUUUACGAAAGCCAGCCGUGGUUUCAAGGCACAGAUAACAUAACAUUUCACGGAGUUUGGUACACCACAAAGAAGCAGGGAAAUGGGACAGCAGUUUACGGAAUCGUCACCAGCUGGCCCGAGGACAGUAGACUUCUGUUAGGUCUGCCAGUUCCCACAGCAACCACUCGGGUCACCAUGCUGGGUCUGAAAGAUCCACUGAAAUGGUCAAUGUAUAAGGGUGUUGCCAUGGCUGUGGAAAUGCCAGCUUUACCCCCGAAUAAGAUGCCAUGCAAUUGGGCAUGGGUCAUUAAAAUGGAGAAUCUCAAAAAUCAAUGAACACUGCAUGAUCUUGAAGUCAAUGGUAGAUUAUUAUCUUACAUUUCAACAGUACAACCAGGGCUCUACAUUAUCAGUAUCUUCCCCCCCCCCCCCCCCCAGAAAUUUUUCUAAAGUAUUUGAGAAAUGUUUGUGUGUGGGGGGGGGGGGGGUUGUUGUUGUUGUUGUUGAUAAGAGAUGGUGAUAUUAAUGAUAUAUACAUGUACUAUACACUUUGUUGUACAUUAGGGCUAUUCCAGCAAAAAACGUAUGGGGGUGGGGAGGCAGUUGAUAUUUUUUUGGAUGGUUGGUGGUGAUUUGGGAAAAUAUAUUUGUAUGGGUAAUGGUGAGUUGGCAAAAUGUAUUUGUAUAGGUGGUUGUCUUCUAGGUUAAAAAAAAAUAUGGGUGCUAGUGAAUUAUGAUAAAAAUGAAGACAUUACAAAGUCUAUCAUGUUGCAAAAUUUCUUUUAUUAUAAAAGAAGAGAAAGAAGAAAAACAGCCAUCCUACAUUAUGUAUGAAAAAAGAUUGAUAAAUGGGCAGAUAACUCUAUUCAAAGUAAAUGUUUCAGUUUGUGUAGAAAUGACAACAAUAAUAAGUGAACAAAUGAAAACGAAAUGUUUUCUGUUGGAGUGACAUGAUUAAAAGUAACACCAUCUCCAGAUAUGAUCUAUUAAGUGAUAUUUUUAGCGAACACGGAAGGAAACGAGAAGAAAAUUAUGUAUGAGUUAAGAAAGAAGUUGCAACCAUAAGCCCACCGAAACACGUUUCCACAUUUUUAUCAGCCAAUGACUUCGACAAUUAUUGUCAGGUCUUUCAAGGUACCAGGUAAUAAUAAUAUCCACAUUCAUGUUAAAAAAAAUUUAAAAAUGGCAGAAUUUUCUCAGCACGUUGUGAUGUGCCACACGUGUCUGAAACGCCAACAUGUACAACCUGUUGUUUUAACACAUAGGCCUAUGUCACGGCCAAGGUUUGAACCUACAACACUGCUAGAAGACCAAAUGCUAAACACUAGGCCACUACGGUAGUGUAAUAAUUGCGGUAUGAUCAAACCUUCUUUGUUAACUAUUAAAAUCAACAUGCUUAGAAUGACAUUACAACUUGAAUUUGGAUCAUAAAUUACAAUAUCAACAGUUGAAUAUUUAAUCACAUUAAUAUAGUCCAAAUUCAUUUAAAUUUGGGUAAUUUGUUCAUGUAAAUCACCCCAAAUUCUGGUUUAUCUGGAAAAUAGUUGCAUGUACAUAGGAUUAAGACCAAUAUGAACUUGUUGAAACUAAACUUUACUUUUAAAGGAAAAUCUUGUUAUACAGGUGAUUUCAGUAUUGAACUCUUAAUUUUAUUUGUAUGGGUGGUGGUGGCAGGGGAGAAUCUAAUUGUAUGGGUGGUGGUAGCGGAGGAAAAUUUAAUUGUAUGGGUGGCUGUCUUAAAAAUAAAGUGCCUUCCCUCCCUUUAUUGUUUUUGCAGGAAUAGCCCUUACACUCAUCAUUAACACAAUAUAUCAGAUAUCUUAUAAAUACUCUCACAAGUGCAUGUAAUAGCACAAUACUUUCAUUUCUUUUAUCAAGCAACAAUUUUAAAUUUUAUGGAUUAAUAUACAUGUAUUUUGAAAACAUUUGCAGACAAGUACAAAACAACAUUUUAUUUGGACUUUGGACUGGCGACAAGCCUCACAUUGCUAAUGUCAAGCUGUGAGUAGUUAAUAAAUUUGUAGAUUGUCCGUCUUUCUGUAGAGUGUAUGUGACUUUACAUAUGUGAACUGUACAUAUUCAUGUAUAUCAGGAAAUCCAUUUCAUAAUUCAUUAAAUAGUAAUGCUAUGUUGAAACCAUGUAUACCAUUGAAUAAAUCCAUCUCAUUUUGGAAGACUACUCAAUACAUUCCAAAGGUUUCUAUGUAAAUAUACUUGUUGCUAUAAACUGCAUGUAUAUACUUAUUUGAGCCCUAGACUUUAAGGUUAUUUCAUUGUUACUGUAAUAUGAUGUGAUGUACACUGUAUUCGUGUUUUCUUGCUUUGUACCUAAUAUUUUUGCAUAUUUAAAAUUUGGUACAGUACAUUAGUACUUUGUUCGAUCUGAUUUUAAAAGCUGCCAUACUAAUUUAUUUAGUUUAAACAUCACCAACUUCUUAUCUACAUGCACAAAAAUUUACCUUACAUUGUGCGUAUGGUAUCUUUUAAAUAACCAAGAUAAAAAUUUGGUAAUUAAAGGUCAAUGUCAAAAAGUUUAUUACAGGUAAAGGUUAAUUCCUACAUCAAGAUGAUGUUUUUCGUGACAGGAUUUAUCCAUGAUCUGGAGCAUGGUGUUCACAAACACAUGUUGUUCUUUCAUUUAUAAUAGCUAUUAAACAUGGUUAUGCAUGCCAUGUUCUUUUAUGUGCAAUCUAGCUACAAUUAGUUCUUAGUAUACAAUACUGAAAGUAUUGUGACUACUAUUGUUUGUGUAAUUUUUAUAACUAUAUAUUUUUAUACCUUAGAUCAAAGAUCAGAAGCAUGUUUACAUCAUGUAAAAUUUUGUGGAUCUGUCUACAACUUUAAUUAAACCUUUAUGCACAAGA